AUGCCACAUGCAGCAAGGUCACCGACAAACAGUGCCGGGAUGCAGACCAAACUGAGCGCCUGGACUCCUCUGAACCACCCGCUGACCAACAGCAAGUUGUUUGAAGAGAGAAAGACCCUGCUGAAAAAGUGGGUGGACAGGUGGACUGACACUCAGAAGAGAGCUGUGCUGCAGGACUUUGUACUGAGCUGUUCUCAGGAGCAGCUGAAGUUCCUGAGUCUCAGUGUGAGCAGACAGCUCCCCCUGCAGGCCGCAGACCUCACCUGCCAGCUGCCCAGAGCCCUGAGCCUCUACAUCUUCUCCUUCCUGGACCCCCGCAGCCUCUGUCGAUGUGCACAGGUGAGCUGGCACUGGAAGAGCAUCGUGGAGCUGGACCAGCUGUGGAGGCCCAAGUGUCUGAGGGUCGGCUGGUGCAUCACUUUCUCCCUCACACCCUUUGAGCAAGGCGCCUGGAAGAGACACUACAUCCAGACUGUGCAGGAGCUGCGACUCACCCGGCUGCAGACUGCCCCCUCCCCACAGCAGUUUGUGAUUCCAGAUAUUACAGUGAACAACAGCAGACAUGAAGAUCUGGCAGAGGCGGCCCUCGUCACAGAGGAGCGUCCAGUCUUCACUGUCCAGCCGGCUGGAAGCAGCCUCAGGUUUGGGUGGAGUAAAGAGAAGCAGCCGACUCCUCUUCCUCCAUGGAGAGAUGCUGACAGACGUCCCAAAGACACACAGCGCUUUAACUACCUGGACAACCUGGAGCCUGUCCAACAAGCCCUGAGAGGGCAAACGGACAUCACAGCUACCACCUGCCGAGGUAACACAUCGGCGUCAGUCAACGGGAGAAGGAAAUCGCUGUCUGAGGCCACUUACAAGCUCCGCAAAGCCAAAUCUCUGAUGUUCCUCAGUUCUGGCGGAGGACCCCAACAUCCUCCUCCUCCUCCUCCUCCUCAUCAUCAUCUUCAGGACAAAAUCAAGGAGACCACCAGGAGCCUGCUGAGCCUAGCCCAGUGGAACGCUGGGGUUCGUCCAGGGCCGGUGAGGCCGGCGGUGCCCCGGCUGAGCAUGGAGGCUCUCAGGGCGUCCCAGCGCUCCCAUCGCAGCUCUCCCAGUGAGUAA